AUGGACUUCGACAUGGUGAUGGAGGACGUGGCGGAGAGCCCGACGCGAACUGAAGCUGCGACUGAUGAUCAGAUGGUCGCGCCAGCGUGGGAUGCCGCGCAUGAUGAGCCCUUUGCCGACAGCGAAAGCACAACCAUUGUGCCCAACAAGGUUCACAUUCGAGGACUUGACACGUUGUCGACCGAAGAUGUCAAAGCUUUUGUCGAAGACCACUUUGGACGGGUAAACAAGGUUGAAUGGAUCGAUGACGAGUCCGCCAACUUGGUGUUCCAGUCCGAGGAUGCGGCCCAAGAUGCGUUGCGGGCUCUGAGCGCGCAAUCAGAAGCAGCUGCCCAAGCCUCUGCUGGGGAAACUGUCCCGGCGAAGGACAUACCUUCCAAACCCGAAGUCAACUUGCAGAUCCGAAUUGCACUGCAAAGUGAUAAGAAGGCGCCGGGGGCGGCUACUCGGAGUCGUUAUUACUUAUUCCACCCUGAUCAGGACCCCGAGGAAAGGAGACGACGCGAAGGCAGACGGCGAUAUCGUGAGCGUGAUGAUAAUGGCUACCGUGGCCGUGACAGUUACGCUCGGGGUCGUAGAGAUAGCGACGAGAUUGAGGCAUUCGACGCGAGCCUCUACGACGAUGAUGAAGCAACAUUGGCGAGUCGCGCCGCCAAAUCACGCACUCAGCAACGGAGGUCGCGCUCGCGAGGCUCAGCAUCAGGGUUGAGUGGCUCAAGACGGACCAAUGCCAAAAAGGAGCUCUUCCCUAACAGGUCAUCUUUGGGUAAUAAGGGAUCAACGCGGAAUCGGUCAGCUUCUCCGUUACGCGAUCUACUUGACAGUCGCCCCGUGUAUUGCAUGAUGCCGAUUCGGGUACCUUGA